UCACGGUCAGUCGGUUUCCUAGCCGGUGCAUGAGCGCGAGACUUGGAGACACGGAGCACGCGCUGCCCAGGGGGGCAGUAGAGGGGCUGUAUGAGCAGACAGUGAAAGGGGUCCCGUGAACGGAUACAAGCAGAGAGAGAGACAGAAACCAUGAGGAUCCAUCUGGACGUUCAUCUCCAGAUCCUCCUGGCCGUUGGCCUGGCCAUCUUCUGCUUCUGCCUCGUGCUGGGCUGCAUCAUUUGCUGGUGCCGCAGGAAGUCCCACCCUUCUGACGACAAAGAGGCGGGGCUUACCCUUUCCUCCCCCCCUCUAGAUCACGUGACUGUAACUCUAAGCCCCUCCCCAUCCAUUAAUGUUCUUCCCAUCAAACAGCAAUAUGAGGAGCUGGAGGGCGACGUGCUGGACUAUCCUUCUCAAAACAGCAGUUCCACACCCUCCGAGGAUGACCUCAGUACUCUUUCCCGUGUCUCAGUGGAUUCGAAAGGUCCUCAGAAGUCCAGAUUCCCCCUGCGCCGCCUCAGUUCCCCGGUCGUUCCUUCCUCGCCCUCCAAACUGGCCAUCCGCAGCCGGGCCUCCCUCCCCAGCAUCCCCAAACUCAGCCUGGUGGCCAAAACCCGCCGCGCCUUGGACCGUCGCUCCACUGUGGCCGGCGACUUCUUAUGUUCAGAAAGCAGCAGGUUGACCACCGCUGACCCACAGGGGGUGCCAUCUUCACCUCAAUAUGGCUCCAGCCCACAGGGGGCGCCAUCGUCAACUCAGUAUGGCUCAGGUUCCAGGCGUAGUUCCAUCUCAAGCAAGCAACCACCAUCCCUACACUUCACCCUGCUCUUCUCUCCAGCAGAGGGCGCUCUUACAGUCACAGUCCUGGGGCUGUUCAGGGCCUCCAGGAGGGUAAGCGGGGCCACAGUUCGGGCAAGUUUGCCCCCUCUCUGCCCUGCUCCAAUGCAGGGGGUGCCAGCACGCAGGCACAGCCUGAGUCCUGAGCCCCAGUCCCAGGUCCUUACCCUUCAGGCCGGUUCUCUGGAGGAGCUCAAGGCCUGCACUCUGAGGCUCGCCGCUUACGGCAAAGAUUUCUCGGGUCUUCGGGAGACGCCGCUGGGGGAGCUGGAGCUGGCCUGCGCUGAGAUAGACUGGGAGCCGGAUACCGCCGUGAUGUACAACCUCCAGCUAAACCCCACCAGAAGAAGACUCAAAAAGAGUCAGAGCACUCAGGAGUCUUUGGGCAACCUGAGGUCGUCAGCGUGUCCUCCGAGGCCACUGGGUCAGCUCUUUAUCCUGCUGCAGUACCAGACUCAGGCCCACCGCAUCAAAGUGAUGGUGCGCAAAGCUGAGAACUUGGCGAAGAUGACGAGAAUGCCUGGAGCUGCAGAUCAUUAUGUCGUCAUCAACCUGCGGCAGGGAGGGAGAGUGAUCAGCACUAAGGAGACGAAGGGAGCGAGUGGCUCUAAUGCGGUUUGGAACGCACCCUUUUUGUUCGAUUUACCUCCUGGUGACAUCAUCAGACUUCCACUGGUCUUCGAAUUUGUCGUCAUGCAGGGACGGCUGUACACAAAAAGCAGCGCUCUGGGCCGCGUUCUGAUUGGUUGCGAGGGUCCGGAGGCGGGGCGGCAGCACUGGAAAGAGAUGUGUGAUCGAGGGCAGGUGGAGACGGCACGCUGGCACACACUCCAGCCAGAUACACUGUAGGACUUAAUGAUGGACUUAAUAGAUGUCCCUAAACAAUGGGCUUGCAGACGUAUUAUCCUCUGCCAUGGCCUCUCACUGGGGCUUUGAGUAGUGGACGGGACAGUUGAGCGAGUUGGAUUAACUGUCCAAUAGUCUGGCCUUCAUGUGAGUGUCUGUAUAUGAACUGUAACUACUGUAUUUAUUAAUGUGAAUAGUUCCAGAUAUUUUUCCAGAUUCCCUCAAUGGAGUGCCAAACUAGCAUUAUGUACUGAAACUGUGUUAGCUUUGAUUAUGACUGUGUUAGAUAUCAGAAGACUUUGAUGAAUAUGACACCUGUUGGUAUGUUGUAUGGUAUGUCUUUGUGUUGUUUUCUUGGCCUGUUAGAUAAGUACUGUCUUGUUCUUGGUUUCCCGUGUUGAGUCGCUCUUAAGUAGCUUUUGCUAACCAUUAUAUCUGAUCAGAAACAAGGUUGAAAGUGAUGGUUUGGCCAGAAAUUUAGAAAAUUGACACCAUUUUUGCUGCUUGCCACUAACGCAGCCAGUCAGCCAAGACAUGUUGGGCGUUUUUGAUUUUGCGUUGGCGCUACAAGACUAAUGUUGCUGACUUGAAGCUCUUAGCCAUCAUUUUUAGCACGUUAACUGCAUGCCUAAGUCAUCACUUGCCUGAAACUGUGUUGGGUUGUUAAGUAAUGUCAUAUAGACUUGAUUAUGUGUUUUCUGACACUGUGUGACGUUCUGUUGUCAAUAAAAAUGGACAAAGGUAUGGACAGAAUUAAAGCUGGAACAAUAAACAGGUUAAAAAAAUUUGGGAGAAAAUUGUCGAUAAAUAUCUAUAUUUCCACACAGGACAGCUUGAUGUACUCUAUAUGGCCAAAAGUAUGUGGACACCUGACAUAUCACACCCAUAUAAGCUUGCUGGACGUCCCAUUUCAAAAGCAUAUGCAUUAAUGUGGAGUUUGGCCCCUUUGCAGCUUUAACAGCCUCCACUCUUCUGGGAAGCUUUCCACAAGAUUUUGGGGUGUGUCUGUGGGAAUUUGUGCCCAUUCAGUCAAAAGAGUAGUUGUGAGGUCAGACACUGAUGACGGACAAGACGGCCUGGCUCGCAAUCAAUGUUCCAGCUCAUCCAGCUCAUGAGGUCAGGGCUCUGUGCAGGCCACUGGAGUUCCUCCACACCAAACUCAUAAAACUAUGUCUUUGUGGACCUCGCUUUGUACACAGGGGCUCAGUCAUGCUGAAACAGGAAGGGGUCUUCCCUGAACUAUUGCUAUCUAGAGUGUCUUUGUGUGCUGUAGUAUUAACACUACCCUUCACAGGAACUAAGAGUCUAAACCCUGAAAAAACAGCCCCAGCCCAUUAUCCCUCCUCCACCAAACUUUACUGCUGGCACUAGCAUGACAGUAGGUAGCGUUCUCCUGGUAUCCACCAAAACCCUCAUUCAUCCAGACAGUGCCAGAUAGUAAAGUGUGGUUCAUCACUCCAGAGAACGAUUCCCCUUCUCCAGA